CUAGAACAAUUGGGCACCCCUAGUCAGGCCUUCAUGCAGCGCCUGCAGCCGACGGUUCGCAAUUACGUUGAAAACAGGCCGCGUUACCAGGGCUACUCAUUCGACAGAUUGUUCCCGGACGCCUUGUUCCCAUCCGACAGUAAUGAGCAUAAUCGACUGAAAGCUAGUCAGGCACGCGACCUGCUCAGCCGCAUGCUGGUUGUCGACCCAGAACGACGGAUAUCAGUCGAUGACGCGCUUUUACACCCGUACAUAAAUGUGUGGUAUGAUGAAGGAGAAGUCAACGCUCCUGCUCCUGGUCCGUACGACCACAGCGUGGAUGAGCGCGAACAUACUGUGGAGCAGUGGAAAGAAUUGAUUUACCAGGAAGUAAUGGAUUACGAGGGACGCGGAAGCAAUAAUGAGGUAGCAGCGGAGGCGGCCGCCCAGCGGUAG